GGAAGCAUAGACCAUUUUGAUUACUCAAUAAAUGAAAGAAAAUGGCAGUUGAGUUCUUUUUUUCUUUUGCUUUUUUUUUCAAAUGGCAGUUGAGUUUAUUCCUAGCUUUGUAUGGCCAAACUUUCUCAUAUAUUGCAAAAUUAGUCCUUUCUUUUAAGGGUCCCCCCUAUCUCAUGUGACAUGCCCUUAACAAGCUCUCAAAACUCAUCUUUUUUUACUCACUUAUUUUGCAUCUAUAUAAUGAGCUUCAUCUCUUUCAUUUCUUGUACAUUGCCUUGAAGCUUAUAGCUUCUGCUCGGUCUCGAAAAGAGUUCGUCUCGGAUCGGGUUUAAGAUUGUGGUUUUGACAUGAGGAAUCCCCCUCUGCUAGGAAGGGCACCUUUGUUGUGCUUCUUCUUGGUGUCCUUUGUUUUUGCUGCAACAUUGUGCUAUGCUGAUGUUAAGUCGGUCGAGGUCGUCGGUGUUGGUGAAUGUGUUGAUUGCAAAGAGAGUAACAUAAAAACUAGCCAUGCUUUGUCAGGACUGAAAGUAGCCAUAGAUUGCAAAUCAAGUGAUGGGAACUUCAAAACAAGAGGAAUUGGAGAGUUGAAUGAAGAAGGAAAGUUCACUAUAUUGCUGCCUAAUGCCAUUGUGGAAGAUGGAAAGUUGAAGGAAGAAUGUUAUGCUCAACUUUAUAGUGCAGCAGCCAACCCUUGCCCUGCCCAUGAUGACCUUCAAUCCUCUAAGAUUGUUUUAUUGUCCAAAUCAGAUGAGAAACACACCUUUGGGUUAUCUGGUAAACUCAAGAUUUCACCAGGAACUUGUACAUCAGCUUUCCUUUGGCCAUUUUUCAAGUACCCUCCUCUUUCCAAGUUCCCUCAAUUUCCUUUGCCACUCCCUCUUAUACCUAAGUUUCAUCAUCCACAUUUGAAGCAUUUUGUUCCCCCAUUCUCCUUCCCUCCGUUGCCACCUAAAGUCUUCACUCCAUUUCCACCUAAAGAGUUCCCACCAACGCCGGUGUAUGAAAAGCCACUUCCACCACCUGUUCCAGUUUAUGAAAAACCUGUUCCUCCACCUACACCAGUCUAUGAAAAGCCACUUCCACCACCUGUUCCAGUUUAUGAAAAACCUGUUCCUCCACCUACACCAGUCUAUGAAAAGCCACUUCCACCACCUGUUCCAGUUUAUGAAAAACCUGUUCCUCCACCUACACCAGUCUAUGAAAAACCACUUCCACCGCCUACUCCUGUUUAUGAAAAACCUCAUCCUCCACCUACACCGGUCUAUGAAAAGCCACUUCCACCGCCUGUUCCUGUGUAUGUAAAGCCUAUUCCUCCACCCACUCCGGUCUAUGAAAAGCCACUUCCACCUCCUGUUCCGAUUUAUAAAAAACCUGUUCCUCCACCUACACCAGUCUAUAAAAAGCCACUUCCACCGCCUGUUUAUGAAAAGCCACUACCACCUCCUGUGUAUGUAAAACCUAACCCUCCGCCAGUGCCAAUCUACAAGAAGCCACUUCCACCACCGGUUCCUGUUUACAAAAAGCCUUGUCCUCCCCCUGUUCCUGUUUACAAGAAACCUAAUCCUCCACCAAAAUAUGAGAAGCCACUUCCACCACCAGUUCCUGUUUAUAAGAAACCUAAUCCUCCACCAGUGCCAGUCUACAAGAAGCCUCUUCCACCUCCUGUUCCCAUAUAUAAGAAACCCCUCCCUCCACCAGUUCCCAUUUACAAGCAUCCAUUUUUCAAGCAUAAACACCCCUUCUUCAAGCAUUUGCCUCACAUUCCAAAGAUUCCCCAUCAUCCAUUUUUUAAGAAGCCAUGGCCACCUAUCCCUCACUUCCCUCCUGUUCCCAAGUUCCCACCAAAGUACUUCUCCCACCACAAGUUUGGAGGGUUCGCUAAACAUCCACCAUCUGUUUCUCAUCCUUAGAAUGUCACUGUCUUGCAGCAUUGUUGCUUUUUUCUUAAUAAGCAAUGAAGGAGAUGGUUAAUGUGCAGUGGAAGUUUAGUAACUUUCAAGUUCUACAAAUAAAGCUCCAGUUUCUGACAUACAAAUUGAACCGAAUCAGAAGGGAGAAAAAGAAGCGGGAGUGAAUUGUUGUUUUAUUUUUAAUUUUUCUAUAAAAAAAAAAAAUUAGAAUUGUGUGGAUUGUUUAUGGUUGUUGUUUCACAAUUUGAGAUCAGGAUUCUGUAAAUGUCAAUGAACAGAUUUUUCGUUUUGGAGAACUUUCACCUUGAGGUUCUUGCAUGUUAUGGUUGUUUAUCCAGGAAAUGAUAAUGAAAAAGGCAUAUGAUUUACCCUUUUUUCCCCUAAA